AUGAUGAUGAAGAAGAUGAUGCUGAUGAAGGCAGUGUGGGCUGCAUGUGUGUUUCUGUGUGUGUUUCCCGGCCGUGGAGUGUGUUUCUCUCGUGGGGCGAGCGUCUCAUCAUGUGUGAACAUGAAACCCGGCCACAUCAGCUCCUUCCCACAACACACACACACACACCCCACCGUCAGCGUACGCACCAGCCGAUCAGUGUACCUGCCACAACACACACUCACAGUAACGGUCCAGAGUUCCCGGGCGUUUAUGGGGUUUCUGCUGCAGGCUCGCUCUGUUGUGGAGGACCGUGUGGUCAGCGGUGAGUUCACACUCCACCCUCCGAGCACACACACGCUGUCCUGCCUCAGUCCAGACGACACCGUCACACACUCGGACAAGAUGCUCAAGAGAAACCUGUCCUUCAGCUGGAGAGCCCCGACACACCCCAGCGGAGACCUGCGCUUUUACAUCACACUGGUUCAGUCCUAUUUUGUGUACUGGUCUCGAAUCAAAUCGGCAGUGGUGCAUGAUGGGACACGUAGUUCUCAGAACACUGACAGCGUUACAGGACAACCGAUGGCAAGCAGGACAGCCUCGUUACUGGAAAAAAAACACACAUCCCUGUCUGCACACACUAACACAUCUACACACACCAACACACACUCAACACACAACACACACAUAAUCACAUUGUCACACACUAAGAAUUAUGCACAACAUAACAUGGACACCAACACUCAUGCAGCACAUAACACACCUACACACACUAACACACACACCAACUCUGUCCUCAUCUACACCGACUUCCCCAAACACAUCUUCAUCUCAGAGCAUCUCGACACUUAA